UACAUGAAUGGUUUGGCUGACUAAGUGAAACUUUCCCAGUUUUCAUUUCUUUUAGCUAUCUGCUUUAUUGCAGAACAAUCAUGUGCUAGGGCAAAGAUUAUAUAUUUUGGCUGGCAGCCAGCUUGCCAUACAGCUGGGCUGCUCUCUCAAUGAAAUGCGUCGAACUGUCUUACUACGUCCACAUUGGUAUCCGUAAUGAAGAUUGUGAUGGAGGAGAAGAUACAGCAGGGCCUCCUUGUGCUACUGGGUCUGGAGUAGAGAUUUUUUAAAAAAGAAAGUUAAAGUUAUUCAUUUUUGUUUUAGUGCUCCGAUUUCAUAGUAUUUAUUUAUUUAUUUAUUUUUGGUACUAGGGACUGAAUAUAGGAAUUUAUAAAUGUUAGAUAAACACUCUGUCACUGAACUAUAUCACCAUAUUCUUUUCUCUGAGUAGACUCAGAGAGUAGAAAUUACAAUUCAGUGCUAACACAAAAGAUACACUAGUAUCCAUUGUGGCAUUUCCCCUGUUUUUGUAUCUGAAAAAGAGUAGCUAGGCAAGAGCCACAGGCCUUCAUAAUGAAAUACACCAUAUGCAAUUUUAUGAUGUCAGUUUUGGGCAUUAUAAUCUAUGUAACUGAUUUAGUUGCGGACAUUGUCCUAACUGUUAGGUACUUCUAUGACGGACAAUAUGUUUUUGGUGUUUUAACCUUGAGCUUUGUGCUUUGUGGAACACUCAUAGUCCAUUGUUUUAGCUACUCAUGGUUGAAGGACGACUUAAAGAAAGCAGGAGGAGAAAAUGAACAUUAUUUUCUUCUGCUUCAUUGCUUGCAAGGAGGAGUUUUCACAAGGUAUUGGUUUGUCCUGAGAACAGGUUACCAUGUGGUUUUCAAACACAGCCACAGGACAAGUAAUUUUAUGGAGGAACAAACAGAUCCUCACAAAGAAGCAAUAGACAUGGCCACCGACUUGAGCAUGCUCAGACUGUUUGAGACCUACCUGGAGGGCUGCCCACAACUCAUCCUUCAGCUCUAUGCCUUUCUGGAGCGUGGCCAGGCAAAUUUUAGUCAAUACAUGGUCAUCAUGGUUUCCUGCUGUGCUAUUUCUUGGUCAACUGUCGACUAUCAAAUAGCUUUAAGAAAAUCAUUGCCUGAUAAAAAUCUCCUCAGAGGAUUCUGGCCCAAGCUCACGUAUCUCUUCUACAAGUUGUUUACCUUGUUAUCCUGGAUGCUGAGUGUUGUACUUCUGCUCUUUGUGGAUGUGAGGACUGUUCUGCUUCUGCUCUUAUUUCUGUGGACUGUAGGCUUCAUAUGGGCAUUUAUAAAUCACACUCAGUUUUGCAAUUCUCUAAGUAUGGAGUUCUUAUACAGGCUGGUGGUUGGAUUCAUCCUUGUGUUCACGUUUUUUAAUAUCAAGGGGCAGAAUACCAAAUGUCCAAUGUCUUGCUAUUACACUGUAAGGGUGCUUGGCACCCUGGGAAUCUUGACUGUGUUCUGGAUUUACCCUCUCUCUAUUUUUAACUCUGACUAUUUUAUCCCUAUCAGUGCCACCAUCGUUCUCUCUCUUCUAUUUGGGAUUAUUUUUCUUGGUGUGUAUUAUGGAACUUAUCACCCAAAUAUAAAUGCAGGGACACAACACGACGAACCUGAUGGAAAAGCACCUCAGAGAGAUUGUAGAAUAAGAUAUUUUCUAAUGGACUAAGUUGUGAAUUUAUGAGAAAUGUCUUUUUUUUUUCAUUGCCUAGUAAAGAAAAUGUCUGUCAUAUGUACAUGCUGUUACUUAGUUUGUCACUUCUGACUUGAAAUGAGUUAUGGUACAUGGUGAAUGAGAAGAUAAUAUUUUAAGGAUUAAAAUAAUUUCUUCUUUGUGUUGCCAAGGAUUAGGCCCUGUGCAUGUUAUCCCACCACUGAGUUGCAACCCCAGCCAUCUCGCUGGUUUCAAAAGUCUUGAGUAUUGAGGUAGUUACUAUUCCAUCAAGCGAAUAAACAGUGAGGCCCAUA